AUCUGUGUGCGUGCUUGGAGGCAAUGCGCCCUGAAAGUCACGGAGCCCCGCCGUCUUGUGGCGUGCUUUUGGAGCUGAUGCUAGAAUCCUCUGCAACAUUCCUGCCGCGCUCCCGUCAGCUGACACAAUCGACUCAGACUCGCGUCCCCUCGCUUCCUGCUUCCAGCGGCACCUGCGGUCCAGCGGUUCAGCGGUCCAGCGAUGCUCGAUGCCAGUACUAGUACUGCGCCGGCAGGACGAGCCAGCUCUAUCCCCCCGGGCGCUUCAGAGAACACAAUGGUAGACGCACACAAGGCCAAGGAGGUGCAGCACGACAAUAUCGAGACGCUCCUGGCGUGGCUUGGGACGUUCAAAGGCUUCCACAACAAGCUCGCGCUCAAGGCUGCCGAUGACGCCGGCCGUGGUCUCUUCGCGUAUAGCCAAGCCAUCAGCCCCGGCGAGCCUAUCCUCGUCAUCCCCGCGGCGUCGCUGCUCAAUCCCCUCACGCUCGCCAAGUCGGCAUUGAACAGCAUCCCCGCGCACCUCUUCCCGGCGCCCGCAACCGCCUCGCCUCGCCAUUCCCCCAACGGCACGCCGCGCCUCACGACCACCCAGCUCCUGACUCUCCACCUCGCGCUAACACGCGACCCUCAGAAGCGCCACAAGUCAGAGUGGCAAGUGUUCGUGGAUACACUCCCCGAGUUCCGCCCACUGCACCCGCUUACAUGGGUCGUGCCGGACUCUGACGCCACCGAGCCUGACGCGUUCUGGCCUGCGCUCGAGCAGUGCCUUUCGGAAAGCGUGCGGAUCAAGGUGGACGCGGUGCGCCGGCGCUACGAGGCGGACAAAAAGCUGCUGCGCCAUGUGCUCGAGACCGAGCACCCGUUCAAAGCCCAAGACCUCAGCCGGCUUAUCUCGGACGAGACACUUCUGUGGGCAUGGCUCAACGUCAACACCCGUACCGUGUCGACGCCGCUGGGUCUCGCCGAGCCCUCCACAUCCAAGUGGACGGUGAACAACCACUCGUUCGUCCCGCUGCUCGAUAUGAUCAACCACUCCUCGUUGCCGGGCACGGAGUGCCCUAAGCCCGAGCCGAUGCCGAGCACGAGCGUGACGAAGCGGGGGGCGCGCGGCGCCGCGCGCCCCGGCACACAACACCUUGUGCCGGGCAAAGUCGACGUAGUGCUCUUCGCGCCGCACCGCGGUCUCGAGGACGGCGAGCAAGUGCUCUUCCUCUACGGCCCACAUUCCAACGCAACCCUCUUCGCCGAGUACGGCUUUACGGAAAUUGACCUUGGCGUGUGUCCCCUCACGUGGCCGAACGACGACAUCGACGUGGGCCCCUGGGUCGAGGCGCUGUGGAAGGAGGGCGGGAGCGACGCGAAGCGCGCCGCCCUCGAAGAGGCCGGGAUGUGGGACCACAACCGGCUGGCGGCGAACGGCGGCGAGCCGUGUCCGUCCGUCGGGCUCAUGACGACGCUGUGCGUCCUCGCGUCGCCCGAGGACGCCGUGUUCAACCCGCAUAAUAUGCACGCGCGCAAUUUCUCGCGGCCAACAAAAAUGGCGGCGCGCCGCAUGCUCCUGCGGAUAUGCGAGAGCGUGCUCGCCGACGCGGCGGACUGCCGCGACGAGCUCGACGAGGUCGCGCCGUCCGCGGGCAAGGCGCCCGAGAAGGUGUGGGCCGUCAGCAUCGUCCGCGGUCUGCUGCGUGAAGAGGAGGUUAUUACCCGCAGCGUCCUCGAGACCGUGCAGGGCGGGAGUGCGAUUCUGGGCUUCUAAUCGUUAGUAUCGCACGUGUGUGUCGGAAGCGGAAGCGUAGUCUCAUACACAACUCAAGACAAAAUCAAGAUAGAUCGCCUACGAGCGCUGUAGUGUAGAGUGUACAGGUGUAGCAUGAAUGGCCAUGUCUUUUG